AUGGAUGGUGAGAGCUCCAAGGUGUCCUGCCCGAAUCUUGGUCACCUUCUCGUCUGCCUGCUCAUCAGCGACCUUGAAAUCACGGAAAAACUGAGAAAAGCAAUCAUCACGGAAGCUAUCGCCCGAAACGUGGUUUGGAUGCUGGACAAAUCAGGCGCCAACAUGCCAGAGCUGAGCUACCUUGAGCCAGAUCGCGUCUCGGUGUACCGCCUGAAAAAGACCUUCGAGGCUAGCCAUACCUCGUACCGAUUGUUGAUGUUCUCCGAGCUCUUCCGUGGGAUCGCUAGGCCUUCGAGAGAAAAGACGCUAGUUCAGCUUCGAGACGAGCUCUUCGAUCGUCACGGAGCGCCCCCUGCCGGCGCCGCUCUACAAUUAUCCUCGGAAGUCCGCCGCCUACAUAAUAUCGAUAACUCCCAGCAAGUCUUCCGGGAGAUGGGCAUCGUGAGCCUACCAAGUGCUGAGAAAUUCACGAGCGUCCUGCGUGAGUGCGUCCGGGAGAGCAUGCAACGGGGGUACUCGGUCUGGGGUUUGCCGGCCACCAUAGCGCUGGGCCUACGGCGCCAGGUAGACCCAGAAGUCGGGCUUUUGGAACCAUAUGUCGCAAAGCCCCUACCUGGCGAGAAUUAUCUCUACCAGGUUACCUUUUUCCCCAAUAAGAGACGCCAGCGGUGA